AUGGACGCGGCGACCGUUCGGUUUGACAGCAUCUCACAGACUCAGCUCACUACCAGGGGACAGGGGUGCGCAAUGUCGUCGCUGCGCCGCGCCGGUGUCGAGCCACCCGACACUGCGCCAACGGUAUUGAUCGAGCGACACGGGAUGAACACUCCAGACGAUAUACGGCUAGCGCUAUACUUGCACGAACCCCUCACCCCCGCGAACAACCCCCCACCCCCUGUGCACCGGCGCGUUGAACGUCCGCCUAGCGCCCCACGCCCUUCUCCCUCUUCUGCAACCGCCCCCGUCGGCCCGGCGCCUCUACCUCGUUCUAUAUACCUUUACCUAACUAUCAAUUUAUCUUUUAUUUCGCCCUGUUGCUAA